AUGGCCUUCGACAGUUUCUUCCGCCGAGCCUUUUGGGGUCUGGCUGGGUGUGGAUUGAUCUAUGCCGUAGCUAUGGGUGCUUUGACCUUGCCGGUGGUCCAGCGCAAUGCCACCUACGUCCACAACUUCAAUCCCACCUAUUUUCAAGAUCUGAACAAUACUGAGCAAUUUGGUUUCCUCCAUCACCAAGUUCAACCCUUCACCGUCACCACCCAUGACAAUGUGACUUUGUUUGCCUGGCAUAUCCUCCCUACACAUCUCUACUCCAAGCACGAGAAAGCCUUAACUGAGCAGGCAGAUUUCGGCCUAAAGCCCUGGGAGACCGCUUCUAAGAGCGUUGGUCUUCAACUUCUUCUCAAUGAUCCGACUGCAGUUGUUGUUUUAGCCUGUCAUGGAAAUGCUGGUCACCUCGCCUCCAAUUACCGCCCUUCCGCAUAUCAGCAGAUGCUGGGUGUGUCGACCCCAGAGAAACCGGUCCAUGUCAUAGCCUUCGACUACCGCGGAUUCGGCCUGAGCACGGGUAGUCCCACGGAGGAGGGUGUUAUCCAGGACGCUGUAUCAUUACUGUCUGCUCUAACCGGAGAGUCCGACAAUGUCAAGGAUCGACGCAAAACAGACCACCAGCAUGUGGACCCUGCCCAAGUGGUCUUGGUUGGACAAUCCAUGGGCACGUUUAUUUCGACGGCCACCUAUUAUGAAUGGGUGAUAAAACUAGGCAGGGCACCGCCAAAGGGUUUAAUUACCAUCGCCAGCUUUACUUCAUUGCCCAAUCUACUCGAGUCCUACUCGUUUAAAGGCCUCACACCUCCGAUUCUAUCUCCGUUGAUGGCAUAUCCUCGAGUACAAGAAUGGUUGCGUUCCCACAUUCUCGACAAAUGGGACGCGAGCUCUAGGCUGGUGGAAUUAGCAAAGACGCCCGAGGUCCAGCUCAAUCUGCUCAUGCUACACGCUCGCAACGACUACGAGAUCCCGUGGCAGGAAGGUCGCGCGAACUGGGAACACGUAUUGGACUCUGCAACCAACGGCCUAGUCGACUUUCCUCGCAACCUUGAUCGAGAAGAAUGGAAGAGCAAGGACGAUCUCGACGAUAUGGAUUUUGCAGGUGGACAGGAUCUGAAGAGAAUACCUCCUGCUGCCCACAGACAAUGCUUGAAGCGCAGUUUCAAUUCACGCUCAUACCUUGCUGACGAUCCCGUAGCUGACUCUUACGGGAUGGAUGGUGACUGGCAUCCUCCCAGGCAGCCGAGACGUUCUUCUCGUGUCCGCAGCCAGUUCGAAGGUGUGCCCAAUGAAGUCAGUACUGUGAGAGCAGGAAGUGUGAGGCUCCCGCUGACCAUCGGGCAGAUCCUCAACAAGAUUGUGACCUUUCUCCCGGAUGAUCAUGAUCUCCACAACUUGAUGCUCACCUGCACGACCUUUGCGUACGCUUUGACAUCUUCCCGGUCGGCAAUCUGGCGUCAACGGUUCAACUCGGUCUUCGACUGGCCAUUCAUCGUUGACAUUACAGAGUUUGCUUCGGCGUAUCAGUUACGGAAAUUUGUCCUCCAGAAGUUCGUCGAGUUCACCGACCCGGACGAUGAGAGAUUGCAGAUUCAAUUGGAGGUCUUGAGAGAUAUGCUCCUGGAGUCCUACAAUCAGCAGUCCAAGCUCCUCCCUAGACGAUCGACCUCUCGCAAUCUCGCAGCAUUUGCGUCAGAAAACUCUCCAUGGGCACGAAUAUUUCUGUCCUGUCCGUUCUUCCCCAGCCGAGGCGACCGAUACGGCCAAGCACAUUCCCUCUUUGACUCGAUCCAGGUUGUGUUAUCCCAUCUGCUAUUGUCACCGGCUUCCCACAUGGCCUCCACUGUGAGAUCAUCCAGGACGAACUAUGACCUGGCCAUUGUGUACAAUUGGGGAAGCCCAUUGACUCUUCUGUAUCCGAGAGAGAAGGGGAAGGGAAGGGACAAAGGGGAAGAGAACGAAGACUCGGUGCGAAACAGGACACGCAAUAAACGACGCAGCGGCAGGCUACACAGACUACGUCAACUUGGCAGGCCAACGUAUAAACUCGACACCCGUUCUCUGCUCCACAUUCGCAACUUCUGGCACCGUCACCUCAUCCAGACCGCGAAGGGGUCCGGGGCGAGGGACGUUCUCACCGAGAAUACGUAUGCGAAAAUGGCACGAGAGUUGAUGCGUCAGGGAAUCACCCCAAAGCCGUGGGACAGGCCGCUCGCCGACGACUCAUUGCUACAGAUUCCCACCGAGUGGUACGGACACUAUUCCACACUGGCCAAUUGGCCGAGGAAGCGGCUGGAGCUUGAAGAGGUCCAAAGCCUGGCGGAAGACUGGCACGAGGUUGAUCCCAUGAAACUCGACUUUGCCAUCUCGGCGGACAACCGAGUCGACGGCUUCUGGUCGCCCAUCUUCAAGAGCGUGCCGGCUUUUCAAAAGUCACUCCCCGACCUCAGCCAAUGCGUCUUCAUCCGCGGCCUCGCUCCUUUUGUCCAGCUAUCGUCCCCGAGCAAUUCUGUGAGGGCAUCCGACCCGGCGAAAUCGCAGUCCACGCUCACGCUGCCGGCCGCGCCACAACUGUCCAAAUAUCACCCUUACUUGGCUCUUCGUCUCCGUGGCGUCGUCCACUCCAUCCCUGCCCAAGCUCUUACAAACGACGACGAGGACGAUGACAACGACACGAAUCAAGACCCCGGUCUACCAGGAUUCAAGCGCGUCGUGAUGAUCCUCUUCAAGCCCAGCAAACGCUACCUGAUCCAAGUCCUCGAGCACGCCGAGGGAGAGUACGGCGAGACGUACGCGACAGCGCUGACGGCGCAGAUGGCGCAAGGUAACAAUAACAACAACGCCGGCCCUGACCCUGGCCUUGACCCCGUGCCCGCGCUCGCGCUCGACAACGCCGCCGAGAUCGACGCGCGGCUCGACGAGUACCUGCGCACGAAACUCGUCUCGAACCCUUUGUGGCGCGACGGGGCCAACUUCGACAGGGACGCGGUCGAGGAGAUGGAGGAAAAGUUCCGCCUCAGCGAGUACCUGGAGUGGAACGACAUUGACUACGCCUACGCGUACGAAGGCGCACUGCUUCCCGGCGGGAAGAUUAUGUUGGGGAAGUGGUGGCGCAUCACCAUUCUCGGCGACGGCGAGGGGUUGGAGUGGAGCGACAGACUGGGCGACCUGGAUGAGGAUGUCGCCGGAGAAGGACAAGGGCUCGACCACCCCAACGACGGAGACGCCAUGGACCUGGACCUAGAUCCCAUCGCAGGCAUGGGAAGUGGCAGUGGCAGUUCCGGCAACACGCACCAGCAAGGCGCAUCGAACGAGGCUGGCCGUGAGACCGGAGAUGCGAGUCUCCAUAAGAACCGCGAGCGCGGACCAUUUGUUUUCUGGUGUCGAUGA